GUCUUCGGUUGGUUCAACUUUGGGAGUGACCAUAACUAGCGUUACUUAUUAGUGAUCUAAUCCAACUAGAAAGCUUUUCAGUAUCUAUAUUGAAAUUGUGUUACUGAAAGUGUAGAAAUAGACAAUUUGUUUCUCUGCGAUCUGUAGAAAACAGAUUGCAUUCUUCUUCGGACGUGCGGCAGGUCAACUGCUCAGUGUGUUUUUUUAGAUUCUGCGAAACACAGAGAAAGCCACUUACCUAUCCCUUGGCGACUACGGACCUAGCGUACAUAGUGAAUGCGAAACACGCUCUAAUCUGGUCCAAUUGCGUGCUGGAACAGCAGCUUUCGGCAACCAAUCCGUAAUAAAGAACGAAUGUGAUAAAAAUCGGUUUUGCGGGGUGCAGUAGAAAUGCGACGGAAACCACAACGAGACAGUUAUUGAAUUAGAUUGUCAUGAGUGUUUGCUAAGUGCUGCGGAUGCUGCACACGAAUGCGAACGCUCGAAUAAAUCUGCAGUGUACUACGGGCAUUAACCGCACCAUCCAUCAGUGAAAGUGAAUCCACGCAAGUAGUGCAUAGAUAAUUGAACAACAUUCAGUUGCGUUACAACGCAAAGCCAUAUGGUGAAUACAAGUAAAAGAUCUGUUGGUAUAUAUAAUAGGGAGACUAUACUAACAGUAAUAGAUACCGAAUCGAAAAGGACGUAGAAACGAAAAUAAUUGCCCCUGCUCCGGAUUGCAAAUUCAAGCCAAAAACCGAACCAAACCGUUAUUAAAUGCAUAAAUUUCAUCCUGACUAUCGAAGCUGAACCCUGUGGUAGAAAUACCACAUCGUUGCACCGUACCACCCUAGACCCUGCUGAUGAAUGCAAUGCUCACACUGGAUGCUGAGGACCGGUGGUAACAACAUUGGAAGCUCUAUGCAAUUCAGUGAAUCAGAGAGCAGUGCAACUCCCACCCAACUACUGCAGCAACAGCAACAACAAGAACAACUACGGCAACCAAACUAAAAGUGAUCCCCUGUGGGUCCAAAUAGGUGUGUUGGCUGUGAGUGUGAAAACGGGUGUAUUCCAGGCGAGGAGCGAGGUCUUGUGGUUUCCUAUGUUUGCAAUCUGAAUCAAAUCAAUACCGGCGAUGUGUUCCAAAGCUAUCACUAGUAGUAGCAGCAGUAGCAGUAAUGCUCUGAUAGUUGGUGCUCUGUUUUUAAUAAUCGUAGAAAUAAAUCAAACCGAUUGUAAUUCCAUACUGCCCAAAGUGGGUAGCGUUACGGGAGGGCUGCUGAACAAUAACGACGUUAGCAUUGGCACCAGUGGUUCCAGCAGUAGCAGUAGUAGUGAGCGGUCUGCUAGCAGUUAUGACGAGACGACCAACCCCCACUCGACGACUGCUGGGGGCUCUGCGGGGAGCACCAGCAGCCCGAAUUCCGUCAGCAGCGAUGCCUCCGUAGGCACGGCCUCUUCGCCUUCAUCGUCCAGUCAAAAUGCCACCACGGCAAACGGAUUCGAAGGACAGAUACCCCUGGAACGAUUGCCAUCCAAUACUCUGCUCAAGUAUACUGCCUACAAGGAUGUUUCGAUUCUACAUUUCCGUAUACCGACCGACACCCGUACCGCCUUCUUUAGUUUUAAGGCAUACGAAGAAUCUAAAAGUGCCUUUCAACGUGUGUGUCAACCGAACGACAUAACGUUACACCUGAAAGCUGGCAGCUAUCCAGUGAUAAGUCCGGAGAACAUAACCUUCCCGAAGCAUUUCCUCAGUGCAGAUGAAAGAUUCGAGAUACAUAAUUUACAAUUCAAAUCCGACAGCAUAACGAGGCGACUGAGCAUAGAUGGACCACAUCCGGGCAAUUGGUUCGCAGUGGCAUUCAUCAGCUGGACCGAUCCGAACAACGAGCGCAUAGAACAGCAAGGUCUCGCCCCGUCCUGUGAAACACUUCUCAUGUCCGAGAUGGCUGUGGCGCGCAUCACCCCGAUCAUCCUGAAUGCCCAAACUUCGCAUCGCGACACGCUGAGCACCAAUCAAACCGAGCCCAAGAGUUACAAAUUUUUCGUCCCAAGUGAUAUCGCCAUCGUAACGUGGCGGCUGGACAUCAAACGCGCGUGCAACGAUUGCAGCGAUGUGAGUUUCUUCGUGCAAGCGCACGCCUUGCCAACUCACAAGGAUUACUUACAGAACGCCGUGAUUUGUCCAAACCAAACCGGAGACAUCAGCAUCGACUUCUAUCCCCAGGAAAGUGCAUGGCAUUACGUGGACGUUGACUUUCUGAACGAAUCGGACGAGGCAAAUUCGAAUCGGUCAUCCAGUGAAACGAACAUUCAUGAAGUGGAGUUUGUGAUAGAGAUGGAAUUUGAAUCAGCUCUGGUGGAAUCGACAGAGGAGGAGCAUAAAGAGUCCGUCGAAGAGGAAGGAAAACAGAUUGCGGAGAAAGUGAUGCAACGAAGGGGCUUCGAGCAGUAUUCACUACUACGACAAACCUAUCGGGAGUUCUUCAUGUUCGACUAUGACCUUCUGCCGGAUAUCAACGGUACUGUGCCGUUAACGUUGAACCUAAGUGCAGGGACUCCAGCUUUAAUGAAAUUCGAUGUUAACGAUGUCUACGAUAUUGGAGGCACGUUGAGCUUCGCAGUAGCUAUGCGACAAGACAUGAAAAGUAUUCUGAUCGACGCUCAUCAAGCAAAUAGCAAUGAUCACGUGGGGGUAGUCGCUGAGAAAUUGAUCGAUAUUCAGGAGAACUUUGUUGAAGAGGCAACGACGACAACAAGCACAACGGCUGCGCCCACCAGCAAUGCGAAAGAAGCCAACCGAAGUAACCAAACGGUAAUCGUUUGCAUGAGGCUAGGUGAGCCAGGAAUACCCACCUGGCCGGACAAGUGUGUCUAUGGAAGACACAUCUUUCCAGCCGCUAUUACGAUCAAUAAUACCGAUUCGGACACCAGUACUGGUUUGGUUCACAUUCCGUUCCCAGAACCUGGCAAAUGGUAUGUGACACUGGGGAUUUUCUGUCACGGAGCAGAAACAGCCGCUAGGAUUACAAUCAUUGAUAGUGUAAAGGAAUUUAUCAAGAAGUAUGGCGAAAUUUUAUCAGAUAUGAAACAACCGUGUUCUUGCGCGGAGCACGCCAAAUAUUAUCAAGAAUGUCUGGCAGAUGAUGCUUGUUUGGGUAAAAUGAAUGAAACAGAGACGUUGAAGAUAAAAGAAUGCAUUAUGGAUGCGAAGUGUACUGAUGUAUCGGAUGAGAUGGCUAAAAAAUUCGAAGUUCAUCAUAAGUAUGCUACAGAACAGAGCGUUGCCGCUGACGCUGGUUGCAAUGGUAGCGUCGUUUUCACAAUAUCAUCCAGCCCUUGUGUAGCGGGACGUUGUGGUCGGUUUGGUCGGUGUUAUCACUACAUGUCCGGAGGAUUUGUCUUCUCCACAUGUUUGUGUUUGCGCAACUACCGUGGUUGGGAUUGUACCGAAGACUCUCAAGUUCCGUCCAGCGCUUCGAUUCUCGUAGCCUCGCUCAUGUUGACCCUUUCAAAUUUAUUGUUUUUGCCUAGCAUUUUCUUUGCAGUUAAACGAGGCUACUACACCGAGUCGAUCAUAUACUUUUUUGCAAUGUUCUUCUCCACUUUUUACCAUGCCUGCGAUUCAGGCGAGGAAGAAUUUAGCUUCUGCCUCGUCAAAAUCGGAGUUCUACAGUUCUGUGAUUUCUACUGUGGCUUGCUUGCUAUUUGGGUCACACUGAUUGCAAUGUCUAAUGUGCGGCAUCAGUUUGUUUCGCUGCUCCACAUGUUGGGAGCGAUUCUUCUAGCUUUUGGAACAGAAUUGAACAAACAAUCGUUAUGGGUAUUCCUUGCCCCAGCAUUAACGGGGAUUUGUUUAAUAUCCGUUAGCUGGGGUCUUCGUUGCAGAAAAACGAAGAAAUGUUUCCCAUCGCGAAAUUACUUAGCAGUAUAUUUGCCAAUCGGCAGUGUGCUCGUAAUGGUGGGUCUCGUGUGCUACGCCUUUUUACAGACGAAGCAAAAUUAUCACAUCGUCCACUCAAUUUGGCACAUGGUAAUGGCUCUAAGCAUCCUAUGCCUCCUCCCCAACCGAAAAACAUUUCAACCAAAAUGCUAGCAUACGGUGAUGAUCUAUCUAUUAAACUCCUCCUCCCAAUCGUCCAACUCCAUGUCCUCGGCCACCACUUCGGGCACGAGCCCGAAUGGCAGUGCUACCGCUACUACAGUGGCAUCGCCAUCGGCUGCGCCAGCAGGCGAUGGGGUCUCCACUAUUGCCGGUCCACGUGGAGACAUCAAUCCUAUUAAGUGUACACUACAGCGCAACAGUUCCGUCGCGACAGCCAUUACCGAAAUCACUCCGUCGGCAUCACUUGUAAAUAAUCUAUCCGAUGCCACCGGCGGCAACAACAGCAUGUCGUUGUCCUCUACCUAUUCAUCACUCGCUUCCGCUGCCACCACGGUCACUGUAGCCAGCGGCGUGCGAUAGAGAGUCCGGGGAAAGGCAUUAAUUAACACUGUUCGCCACCCGCGAUCUACAUGGCGGCUGCAACGGCAAAAACAAGCAUCGCUGUGUUGUAGCACAGGCGAGCAGACAUAACACUCAACAAUAUUUCAGCGGGCACAGAUUGGGAGAUUUAUUCGCAGUUUGCUCAUAUUAAUCAGGUUUGUCCGCACUUAGGAUCAAUAUCCUUGAUAGAAGAAAAGUGGAAAAAAAUAAUGUUUGUAAUGCUCUAAACGUUAUGUCUGAAUGUCUGUGGUUAUGGGUUUUAAGCAUGACCCAAACUGGUGUUAACUGUUUCUGUAUGGCACAAGAAUAAAAUGAACGAAACAACCUCGAAAACAAAAAUAUUCAGUGGAUGUGUGCUAGGGAUAAAAAAGGGAUGCGCCAUGCAUAGUUCUCUGUAUCCCGUAACAAGAUUAUCGAACACUGCACAGAUAACACGCGUCUAAAUCAUAAUUAUUUUACUUGUCAUAACAAUUCAGUGAUUAGGGCGAAAAGAGAUGUGUGUCCCUGUUUUUGUUACAAGUUACAUUUUUUUUAUGCGAUGUUACUCUUACGGUCCGAGAAAAUGGGGAUUGGAACCCUGCCAUCCCCAGCAUGGACAAAAAUCACACACUUGGACAGGUAGCUACAACAACUCCUUAUCAAUAGGUUUGCGCCGAAUGGAGUAGUCCCCCUGACUUUGAUUCUAAUUCCUGGGUCAAUCGCUUCCAGUCGCCUAGGCAUUGAGCGCCCUCAGGUCCUCUUCAAAUGCAAAAAACAUGUUCGUGGUCUACUACGAAGCCUACUGUAUCUUCCGGGUUUUCCACUGAACAUAAUCUUCGCCUAACGCUUUUCCGUGAGGCCGUGCCCCAAUUUCCGAACGAUCGCUGUACGCAGAAUUAUCGCGCGAUCUGGUAUCGAACCAAAAAAGGUAGGUUUGCUACAGCGUCGAUACACCAAUGCCCGACGUAUUGUAGAGCUCCAUAAUCGUCGGUCUUGUGCGAUAUUCCUUCAGUUUCUCCGAGCGUUUAGCAUACCCUGGUCUGAUUCCACCGCGUGCAGUCAGCUGUUCGUGGCCUUCCACGAAGUCGGCGGUCUCUAUCCGGUUAUCUGUUGAAUAUUGUUUUCACUAUUCUUUCUUCCGACAUUCGCACUAAGUGACCAGCCCACUGAAGUCUGCCGUAUUUUACACGAUUCACAAUACUUUCUUCUUUAUAUACUUGAUACAGCUCAUGAUUCAUGCGUCUGCGCCACAGUAUUGUACGCAGCACUUUUCACUCGAAAACCUCAACAGCUCUCCGGUCCGCUUCUUUUAACGUUCAUACUUCAUAAAGGGCCACUGGUGGAAUCAGAUUUGUGUAUAGCGCAAAAUUCGUUUCUGUCUGCAUGUUGCAGGGCCUAAGCUAAUACGUCUUUUCACGGUAAACGUCAUUGUUACAUGUCACAAGCGUUCCAAGGGGAAAAAAUUCUUCAACAACUUCACUACCUCAGCACCAACACCACUAGGUCUUCCUCUAUCUCUACCUGCCACCAUGUACUUCGUCUUGGUAGAGUAAAUGGUUAAGACUAACUUCGCCGUCUCCCUCUUCAGUGGGUCAAAAGCCUCCACUACUGCUCUGCGAUCGAUUCCAAUGAGGUCGAUAUCAUCCGCAAAGCCCAGGAGCAUAGGCGACCUGUGAUGAUUGUGCCAUUCCUCUGCACGCCAGAUCUCCUAAUAGCGCCCUCGAGUGCAAUGUUGAACAAUAAAUCCGUCUAAGGACACAAAUGAUGUUGGCACUUCCCUGCAUUCCGAAUACUUGAUUUCGAGCCAUCCAGCGUUGUACGUAUCAGUCUAAUCAGUUUCGCCGGAAAACCAUGCUCGGACAUUAUCUUGCACAGCUCAUUUCUUUCCACUGAAUCGUGAAAUCAAUUAACAGAAAGCUUCCCAACAUCUUUACCUCGUCCAACGUUGGUGGUUCCACAGCUUGACCGUCGCCGACUAUGUCCAUCCUGCUCCUUAAUACAUCUUCAUUUUCUCCGUUCAACAAAUCUUCGAAGUACUCCUUCCAUCUAGAAGCCACUACCACCGCUGGAUGACGAAAUUUGAGAAUAGGAGAGGUCCAAAAUUGCUUCCUUGUGGCUCUCCAGACGAAUUGAGAAAAGCUUCAGACGAUUCAUUGUUGAACGAAUUCUUCAGUUUCACAAUACCAGCUUUCACAUACCAUGUUGUCAAUUAGAUCCAAUUAAAUCCUUCACAAAGUAAGAAUGUUAGUCGGCAUGUUUCUGCAUGCAAAAUCAAUUUGAUGAGGUGAAAGUUAAGCUAAGCUAAAGCUAAGCUAAAGUUAAGCUAAAGCUAAGCUAAAGCUAAGCUAAU